CAAAAUCAGCUGUACAAAUACACAAAAAGUGGCAGCACUUCAGGGCUGAAGUGCAUAUAGAAUUAAAGCGUUCUUGCUAGUCAAGCAAGCAAUCGUUCUCGAUUAUAUUUAGAUUUUGUUAUCCGUUGUAGGCACUCAACUAGGACCUAAAAUAUGGACGCAAAAAGAGCCUUUUCACUCGUUGACUUGGCCGUACCUUGCGUAGUUACAUACCUUUUGUGCAGGGUUGCAUUUGACACUAAAUGGUUGCAAGAAGGUUGGCAUUUGUGCAUUUACCAACACUGUCUAACAUUACGUGCAAUAAGGAAAAUUGCAGCUGCAAUUCCCAAUAAAAACUUUAUUUUUAAGGUUUGUUCUGAGUGUUGUGUGCUUUUCACCAUGCCAAAUAUCUUCCGCAGCCUUUUCUCGGAUCGCUACAACGGGAAGCACGACCGCUUCUACGAGCGCUAUGAAGCCAUUUGCCGCACCGUACCCAACAUGGCCCCAAUGCCGAGGCCAGAGCCCAUCAGAAGCAUCAAGGCGUUCAGAACACGUGUAUCCAAUCGCAAAUCUAAUACUAGCUUCCACUACGGCAGUGGAAGCCCGAACACCGACUGGCUCCAGAGCGACGAUAUACCCAUUGUAACGCGGCGCGAGUUGGAGGAGAAAACGGGCCAGCUGAUGGCCCUUCAGCCGAUUGAUGGGGGCACCGAGUUCAGCCACACCAUCUGGAAAAUGGAGAGGCCGGGCCAGAGGCGACGCGUGAAAAAGAGCAAGGACGGCGUCAAAAUAGGCUACAUCCAAGUGCUGACCAAGGGAGAAAAAGGCGACACAGGCAAAGAGAAUGAGUCACAUCAAGCCAAUGUUCAAAGGCGCAGCGAAAAGACGAAAGCGCAGCUCCCCUGUAGCGACAAGGAGAACCGCACGGCCGAGGUUUCGUUUGUCUGCCCACAGCCAGAAUGCCACAUGCCAUUCGCCAAUCGCGCCGGCCUGCGCUCACAUCAACGCGACAACGGACACCACAACUGGCAGUAUCAGUGCGUCGAUUGCAGCAUGUACUUCAGACAAGUCAACUACUUGAAUCGUCACAGGACCGUCUGUCGCCAGCCACGCCCAGCCAACGCCCAAACUAAUAUUCGCCAAUAGACUCAAGAAGGGAGUGCAAAAUGGUAUUUGUCAAAGGCUUACACAAAUGUUUAGCUUAUUUCCGUUGUAAUCGUUACACGCGUAAUUUAACCAUCGCAUAGCUCAUACUAGGUUUUUUUUUUAAUUUUAAAUCGAAAUAUUUUUCACCCAAUUAAAC